CUUGAACAUAGAUUGAAUGUUGUGUUGUUUACUACGUUGUUAUCCUAAACAAAUAGAUUUGACGUGAAGUGUACCUUGUCGGAGGUUUGUAGUCACAAUGACUACUAGUAAGUGAGAUACUUUUAAAUUUGUUCUACAUAGAAAAAUGUAUGAUCUCCGCAAGGAAACAAGCAUAAAAACUCUAUGGAUGUUUCAGCAAGUAAAAUUUUAAAGGUUCAUCAAUCUUUCACUAUUACUAUUACUGUGAGUACGAAGCAGGUGCCAUUUCCAUCACAGAGUGGCAUAGAAACAUUCGCAUUAUUAGCAAUAACAUUAACACAGUAACAGUGUUAUUUACCCUUACAGUUACUCUUAGUUUCAGAAUGAAAGGUUAAUACAGGAAGUUGAACUCGAUAAGAUAUUUCAACUCGGGAAGAAGGUUCCAUGAUUAUCGAUUGAGAGUUGUAUAUUAGUAUGGGCAGUGCCUCAAGCAAGUUCAGAAAACAUCUGCAAAAAUGUGAUGAGUAUGCAGCCUUGCAGGUGUUUCAGAAUACACCUGAGUUACGUCGAACCCUUGAUCCCAACUGCUCAUAUGGAGAUUCACUACAGCAUAACACUCCUCUUCAUUUAGCAGCUAAGCAUGCUAUGAAACCUCUUCUAAGGAUAUUUUUGAAUGAGUUGGGUGGAAAUCCCAAUAAAAAAAAUGGUAGCAAUAAAACAGCUUUACACCUGGCAUGCCAAGGAAAUUUAAUUCGUAGUUUAUCUACUCAAGAAAGAAGAGCAGCUUGUGUUUCUCUGAUUCUUCAGUGGCGUGGACCUCUUUUAGCCAAUGGAGAAGAAGAAAGGAUCAAUUUAAGUGCUGUAGAUGAGGAAGGAAAUACAUCUCUCCAUUAUGCUGCUGCAACUGGACUGAAGAAGUGUGUUGAACUCUUGUCAGGACAUGGAGCACCACUGUUUAUAGAAAACAAUGACAAGGACACAGCAUGUGAUCUUGCCGAAAGAGCUGAACAUGAAGACAUUGCUCAUUUCCUGGAAUCAAAGAUGCUAUUUUCAACAGAUUCUGGUUGUACAAGUCUAGAAAAUGAUUUUUGCUGUGAAAACCUUGAGGACUAUACUGGUUUACGACAGCAAGAUCUUCAGGAAGCAAAAGACCAGCUACUUGUUGAGACAGCUGACAUGCUUCAUGUUCCAUUGUUUACUGCUGAAGCCCUUCUUCGAAAUUAUGAAUGGUCAAGAGAGACACUACUUGAAGCAUGGGUGAGUGACCCAGUAGCCUGCUGUCAGAAGUCUGGUGUUCAGCCACCACCUAGUGCCCUUCAGCAACUUUCAACAGCAAGUGUGUUGGAUAUUCAAAGUGAAGAUGAGUAUCUUAACAAAGCCAUCACAAGUGUGAAUAACAUUGAUUCAGCAAAAAAGGAAUUCUUGUGUGAGAUCUGUGCCAGUUUUAUUACAAAGGAUAAAGAUCCAGUACAUGUGCCUUGUCUUCAUAAUUUUUGUCAGUCUUGCUGGAAAGGGUAUCUGACUGUUAAAAUUCAGGAUGGAGAUGCACACAGUAUAAUGUGUCCUGCAUAUAAGUGUCCUCACCUUGUGCCAGUAGAUGUCAUAGAGAAAUUAGUUUCUCCAGAAAUGGUUCGUCGAUACCUACAAUUUGAUAUAGAGGCUUUUGUUGAGAGCAACCCAAAUAUAAAGUGGUGCCCUUUUCCUGGUUGUGGACAAGCUGUUAGACUGCCAGAAAAUGAAAUAACAACACCAGAGUUUGUUGCAAUUCCCAAUACUUCUCCACCUUCUCCUGUUUCACAUGCAGUGGAUUGUGGUAAUGGUCAUUAUUUCUGUUGGGAAUGCCUUAGUGAAGCUCAUGCACCUUGUGACUGUGACAGAUGGAGAGAAUGGCAUGCUAAGAUAGCAGAAAUUAAACCAGAAGAAUUGAGAACCACAUGUGCAAGGACAGAAGACGCAGCUAACUGUUUGUGGCUAGUAACUAACUCCAAACCUUGCCCGAGCUGUAAAUCUCCAAUUCAGAAGAAUGAAGGUUGCAACCACAUGAAAUGUUCUAAAUGCAAACAUGAUUUCUGUUGGGUGUGCCUGGAGUCAUGGAAGAGGCAUAGCUCUGCUACAGGAGGUUACUUCCGCUGUAAUCGCUAUGAUGCAGUUCAUAAGGCAGAAGAGAGGACUGGAAUGUUAAUUUGUGAAGCAGAGGCAAAAAAUAAACAGAUGCAAGAGCUGAAACGAUUUGUUCAUUAUUACACACGUUUCAAGAAUCAUGAAAAUAGUCAUAAGUUAGAAGAACCACUUCUGGAUGUAAUCAGGGAAAAAAUUGAAAUACUGACUUCCAAUGUAGACGAUCCUGUUGCAGCUGAGUUAGAAACUCGCUUCCUAGAAGAAGCAGUGCGGGAGUUACUGCGAGCACGGCGUGUUCUCUGUGGUUCAUAUGUUUAUGGAUAUUAUCUCGAAGAUAAUGGCUAUAACAAGACAAUAUUUGAAUUCAUGCAGCAUGAUUUAGAAGAAGCAGCAGAAAAACUUUCAGAGAUGGUUGCUCGUCCAUAUCUCAGAACUCCUCGUGAUAAAAUCAUACAGAGUACAAUCUACUGUCGCCGCAAACGUCAUGAGUUUGUUACAGCUGUCUCAAAAGGACUUAUUCCACCAGAAACACCGCCAAGCCUUCGUCGUACUAAACACAGACGUUACCCAGGCCUCAUGGGCAUUGAUUCUGUUGAAGAUGAGCAAAUAUCACAAGCUAUCAUGGCAUCACUCUGGGAUAUGGAUCCCCAAAAUCCAUGGGUAAAAGAUGUACAAGGACGGCAUUCAAACUUGUCAGCUAUUUAUGACUGGCCCGACUGUGAUAGUGAUGACAGUGAGGCAUAUGCUCAUAAUGCACUGACUGUUAGUAUUUUAGGGGUCUGUGCUCGAAAAGGUUGUCAAAAGGCUCGAGCUCGCAACCCAAGAACUGGAACACUCCAUGAAUAUUGCUCAUUACAAUGUCUGCAAAAUUACACAGAAGGAGUAGAAGAUAGAAAUCACCUUACAUAUGAACUUGAUUAUUCUAUGGACCUACUGAUUGCUUUGGAAAUGUCUCGUCUACAGAUGAUUGAAGAUAUGAACAGGGUUCAACUCUCUAGGACUGAAAGUACUGUCAAAGUGACUGAGGAUACUUACCAAAAUGAUAUGAACAACGCUACCCCAGUUAAACAUAAUGCCGUUAUUUCUAAUACCAUUUCUGCUUGUGCUACUACUAAUACUACUACUACUAUCAGUGUAUCUGAGAAUCAAGAGAAAGAACCACAUGAAUCAACAGAAAAAGAAGUUUUUGAAGAUCCAAAGUCUUGUGAUAACCAGCAGGUUACUUCGUCUGAUUCAUUAGAACAUUUCAUGCUGGAAACAGCAGUUCCACCCCCAGAAGAAUUUCGUGGAGAUGACCAGACUUUCUGGAAUCCAAGUGAGUCAUUGCUUGAACCUCAACCUAAUGUUUGUGCUGGUCAUGGUGAAACCACUUCUGAUCUCACAUUUCUUGCCAAUUUACAAUUUUUCAUGAAGGGCUCUGAGGAAGAUUGUCCUUAUUCCCUGAAAAACCUAAGCCAGGAAAAUAACACUGCUGAAAAAAUUCAGAAAAACCUCCCUUCUUAUAGUCAGGACUAUAAUUUGGUAAAUGAAGGAUGUCAUGUAGAUCAAAGCACAAACAAUGAUCAACCAAACGAAGAGGAACUCCUACAGUGAGAUUUUGUUUCAUGUUAGUGGUGUUCUGUGUAGUAGAAAAGGGCUCCAUUGAUUAAACGUGCUAAUUUUGCAGACGUUUGUAGUUGUAUCCAUUUACAAAUAUUUAUAAUAGCCUCAUUGUGUGGUAUAAGAGAUGCACCUUUUGAUUCUAAAAUGUCAUACAACAAAAUAUCAUUGAAGAACACAUUUUUUUAGCAUUUUCUAUAAUACUUUUCACAAACAUUAAACAGUCAUGGGCAUUUGUAAUUUGUUUUAUCAGUGUUGUAUGGAUUUGGACAACUAUUUAUAAAUAGAACAAGGAUCUUUUCUAUGUAAUUAUAGACACAAAAACAUUUUUAUCAAAUGUGUAUUAGCUUUGUUGCAAUUGGAAAAAUUAACAUACUUGUAUUAAUGAGCAAUUUGUUAUGUAUGAAAGUUCAAUAGCAUGAUUCAUAGUAAUUUAUGAAUUGCACUGUAAGCAUUCAUUUGGAUAAAGCCUUAAAGCUGGUGAUGAUGAAUAUUGUACUAAACUGGUCUUGUAGUUUAUAAGUAGUGAUUGUGAUAAAUAAAUCUGGAUUUUUUUUUCUCACAUAA